AUGUCCUCUGCUCAUGAUGCCACCACCAAGAUCUCCAUUGACAAGUUCGACGGCGACAACUACGCGACGUGGAGCCGCUACAUGCGUGGCGUGUUCCUGACCAAGUCGGCGUGGCACGUGGUGAGCCGGGAGACCACCCCCACCUUCGCCGAUCCUCGCGCCAGUGACGACUACGUCAAGACGAACAACAUUGCGUUCGGCUUGAUGCUGCUGCACAUGAGCGCAGAUUAUCAUCACGUGGUUGAUGACUGUGAAGAGGCGUGGGUCGCGUGGGCGCGUUUGAAGACGCUGUACGGCGGGUCGCAGAAGGCUGGACGCAUCUACUUGAAGCGCCAGCUGUUCAGCAUGGAGAUGGCGGAAGGCGGCAAUGUGUUGCAUCAUUGCAAUGAGGUCCUCAACAUCAGCGCAAAGCUGGCUAGCAUCGGCGCCAAGAUGUAG